UUGACAGCGGAUUAGUUUAUUUACAUAAAGUUGUUUUAACAUGGGACGGAAGAACCAUGGCAAAUUUGUGCGCGCUGACAAUAAGGGGAAAGACAAACGUCAUAAAAUGAAGGGGAAAACUUUAGAGAGUUUUACAGAAGAAAUGCACUCUGCUUUCCAAGCAAGUUUUCAGCUAGAAGAAGGAGCAGAGGCUCCACAGGUGAAGCUACCUUGUCCACUUGCCAUGUGGGAGUUGGGUCACUGUGAUCCGAAACGUUGCACUGGCAGAAAGUUGGUUCGGAAAGGCUUUGUUCGGAAUCUGCGUCUCAACCAAAGAUUUAACGGGCUGAUACUGAGUCCGAUGGGUGUGAAGUAUGUGACGCCAGCUGACAGAGAAAUUGUCGCUCAGAGUGGACUUGCAGUGAUUGAUUGUUCGUGGGCCAAACUAGAUGAAACACCCUUCAGUAAGAUGAUUGGAAGUCAUCCUAGAUUACUGCCGUAUCUCGUAGCAGCAAACCCUGUUAACUAUGGAAAGCCCUGCAAGUUAUCCUGUGUGGAGGCUUUUGCAGCCACAUUUUGCAUCGUUGGUUUUGAAGAAUUGGCGGUGCUUCUGCUGAAGAAAUUCAAGUGGGGAAACGGUUUCCUGGAGCUUAAUAAAGUUCUUCUUGAUCGCUAUGCGGCGUGUCAGUCUGAGGAAGAGCUGCUCUCUGUAGAGAAGGAGUUCCUCACGUCCAAACCAGAAGAGGAGGAGCUUGAUCCAUUUGAUGUUAAUUCUGGAGUUGAGUGUAUGAAUCUCAAUCGACGUCAAUGUGCUCCUGAAAGUGACGAAUCAAGUGAGGAGAGCGACGCCUCAGAAGAUGAAGAUGAAAAGGAAGAUGGCGAAGAAGACUCAAAAACGUCAUGCGAUCAACAAGAAGAAGACUGAAUAAAAAUAAAUU